AUGGUCCUGAAGAUUUUCGCAUUGCUCCUGCUGGCCUGCGUUGCCAUCCAAGCCUCGCCUUUCCAUCAUCACGGACAUGAGGAUCAUGGAUCUCAUGGUGGCGCUACCAGUCAUGCUUCUGUCAACUUGGUCUCACAUGAUGACGGCCAUGAAGACCAUGGACACGGGCAUGGACACGGACACGGACAUGAAGGUCAUGAUCACCACGAUUCGCAUGCCGAAUACGAUUUCAAUUACGGCGUCAAGGAUCCCAAGACUGGGGAUAUUAAGGGGCAUAGCGAAAGUCGUCACGGCCAUAAGGUUACUGGACAUUAUGAGUUGAUCGAUGCCGAUGGGCACAAGCGCACCGUUCAUUACACAGCCGAUAAGCACAAGGGCUUUGAGGCACAAGUGCAUCGCGAGAAGACCCACCAUCAUGUGCCCGUACAUCAUGGACACAGCGGCUACGAGGGCGGUCAUGUGGACUUUGAGGAAUACUCGUCCUCAUCCCAUGGACACGAUUUUGGACAUGACUAUGGACAUGAACAUGGCGGUCAUGGCCAUGGUCAUGGCUCAUCAACACAUGGUUUCUCGCUCAAGCAGGAACAUGGUCAU